AUGGUUAUCUUCAAGAGGACCUUGUUUCACGUGUACACUUUUGUUAACGUAUCAUCAUCAUAUAUUAUUUUGAUGAUUAUAAUUCUCUAUUACACAACAAUGUCUUCGAGUCAAUUACUCUCAAAGAAAAAAGAAAAAAGUGAGGGAUGUUGUUCCUUUCCUUGUCAGCAUGGUGGUGUUUGUAUAGAAAGGAAAUUCGGCUACUUUUGCGAUUGCAAAAAUACUGGAUAUUAUGGGAAAAAUUGUGCUAUUGAGACAUGGUUUACAUUUUUUAAAUGCCAUACUAAUAUGAUAUUGGAAAUGAUCAUUAGUAUUCAUUAUUUCAUUUUUUCUUUAAUAAAUACAAACUCAUUGUACUUUCCGAGUUACUACAAGAUAGCUGGAGAUAUUUUAUGUAAAAUGCAUACUGUCGGGAUGUAUGGUAUCGAUGGGAAGUCCUAUGCAGCAUUAAAUCCACUAUAUGAUAGUAAUAGUGCUGUUAGAAUUACUCCUUCUGUUCCUAAGUAUUGUCCGACACCAUUAGGUACAAAAGGUCAGGAUCCUUUUAAAGCCACCUCCGAAGUGUAUAACCAGUUAUUGAAACGUCAAAGUUUUAAUGCUAGUAAAACAACUAACCUACUUUUUACGGUAUAUGGAUCUCAUUUUUUCCUACAAUUUUUGAGCCACGGGAAUUUGAAUGGGAUUACAUGUUCUCACUUAUAUGCCGAACAUAAAAGAACAUAUCAUAAAGGAAAAGUAGUCACUGAAGUUUAUAAUGGAGAAGAAUAUCCUCUGCAACAUCAACGAAGCCAGAAGAAAACAUUUGCUCAUUAUUUAGGAAGAACAGAACAGGAUGAUUGGAAAGUAAAUAUUUUAAAACAAAAUUCAUUGACCUAUGUAUUUGCUACAUUAUGGAUUAGAGAACAUAAUAGAGUUUGCGAUAUUUUGGCAAAAAUAUGGCCCAGUUGGGAUGAUGAAAGACUAUUCGACACUGCAAGAAACAUUGUAACUGGUGAACUAUUAGUUAUUACAUUAUCUGAAUGGUACCCUGUAUUAAUGGGUUACAAGACGAAUUUAUUCUAUGAUCCAUCAUACUCCACUGCUGAAUAUGCACUCAUAAGCAAUCGACUACCUAUUGAAACAUUUCUAGCUCUCCAUUGGCCAAAUCUUAUUCCUGACAGUUUCACUGUUAAUAAUCACACUGUUGUUGUCACUGAGUCACUGUGGAAUAACUUAGAUCAGAAUUUGGUGAAGAAGUUUGGACUAAAUAAUUUGAUAGAAGCCUUUGCUGUUAGCCCAUCUGGUCAAGUAAGUAUAGAAAAUACUUUGGAUAUCUUAUCUGAAACGACCAAAUAUAUCUUAGAAAUGGGACGAAAACUAAGAAUACCCAGUUUUAAUAGGAUGAGAGCGAUAGCUGGUUUGAAGCCUUACAACACAUUUACUGAUAUGAUGAAGACUACAAAAUGGAAUCAUAUCUUGGAAAAAAACUAUGGAAAUGUAGAUAACAUCGAAUUUAUAACAGUUUGGGUGAAAUGGCCAACCAAAUAACAGAAGAGGUACAUAUCCGGCCCGGCAUUGCAUGCUUUUUGAGUUUCGCAAGGGUAGUAACUCAACAGUUGCUACCAAAAACAUUUGCAAUGUUUAUACGUAUGCAUGUAAUGCCAAAGGUGGUUUUCCACAAGUUCAAAUCCAGUUUGAUCUUUCUGGCUCAUAUUUAUCAGGAUGAUUAAUAACGUUAGAUAAUGAUGUGUUAAGGGCGGAACUGGAAGCAAAUGAAGUCAGACAAUCAAAGAAUUGUCCACAGUUUUAAUCAAAAUUGGUCGAUCAUCCAAGAACAUUUGCAGUAUAUUGGAAAACCACCACAUGCCACAGCAAAAGCAUUUUUUUUAAUGCUUGAUCAUUGAUUAUUGCGAUUGUUUUAACACAUUUUAAGUGGCAAAAGAUAUGCUAAUGUGGAUGAUAUCCAAAAUGCAAUAUCUAUGCAUGUUACUCAUAAAACAAUUGAUUUUUAUCAAUCCUGCAUUGAAAAUUUGUUCACCAGAUCACAAAAGGUUAUUGAUAAUGAGUGUGAUGAUUGAUUCCAUCAUUGAUCAAAAAAAAAAAAAACUUAAAAUUUAUGUGUUUGAAUUUAAUGUAAGAAAACGACAUUACUUUCUGGUCCCACUAAUAUUUACUAUAUUUUAAUACCCAAUAGAUGGAACUUUGGUUCAGUAGGGAAGGCUGAAUCCUUAAUAGGUAUAGAAAGAAAUUAGAUUGUAAAGAUAUAAUAAUAAAGGUUACAGUUUGACUGGUUAUUUAAUUUCUCAGAGGUCAAUUUCAUCAAAAUUUAAAGAAUGGAUUUUAAAAUCCAAUCAGGUGAAGAAAUUCAUAAACAUCAUAGAUUUAAAUACCAAUCAUCAAUAACUAAAAAUAAUUAUCUUUAUGAAAAACAGGACUGGAUAGUAGGAUGGAAUAUAAUUCCAUGAAGAUAUUGAAUAUCAUUAAUAACAUCCCUUUAAGUUGCCUUUUUUAAUUAAUAAUAAUAAUACAAAUUUCUGUUAUUAACCCUUUUCUAUUCAGGCCAUGGUGUCCAAAUGGAUACCAGUACUUCAAAUUUUUUUUUCAAAUGCUCUUAAAUUGAGUAGUUAUAAAAAAUACAUUUAAUAUAAAAACAGGAGGCUAU